GAUCGCAGCUGGGGAGGCCCUGGCAAGGCUGAGCGUGGGCACAGAGCUGCCCGUCCUGCCUGAAAGCUCGAAAUGAGUCCUGCUCGUCUGUCCCUCCACCAGGCGUGAAGCCUCCUGGAGUCUGCGGGGCAAAUGGCCCCAUAGUGGAAACUGGGGAGCUUGGAGGCAUCUGAUCAGAGCAGGAGCCAGCCUGGGGACGAGGGUGCCGAACAGACAAAGCCACUCAAACUUGAAGAAAUGAAAUCCCCAAGGAGAGCCACUUUGUGCUUCAUGCUUAUUGUGAUUUAUUCUUCCCAAGCUACAUUGAACUUGAAUUUAGAAGCCAUUGUUCAUCCUUUGAUUCUCCACGAACGUGAACUCGCCAGUGAAGAGCCCCUAAGGCAAAGACGAGCAGUUGCCACCAGGAGUCCUGCAGCUGAAGGGUACACCGUCGAUGUUGAGAUCAGUUUUGAAAACGCAUCCUUCCUGGAGCCUCUCAAAGCCUACUUGAACAGCCUCAGUUUUCCAAUUCAAGGGAACAGCACUGACCGAGUUACUGACAUUUUGAGCAUACAGGUGACAACGGUCUGCAGACCUGCUGGAAAUGAACUCUGGUGCUCUUGUGAGACAGGCUAUAGGUGGCCUCGGGAAAGGUGCCUCCACAGUCUCACUUGUCAGGAGCAUGGCAGCUCCCUCCCAGGGCACGGUUGCAGUUGCCUUAAAGGACUUCCUCCCAAGGGACCUUUUUGCCAACUCCAAGGAGAUGUUACCUUGAGAAUGUCAGUGAGACUAAAUGUGGGCUUUCAAGAAGACCUCAGGAACAUUUCCUCUGCCCUCUAUAGAUCCUACAAGACCGACUUAGAAACAGCAUUCCGGAAGGGUUACAGAAUUUUACCAGGCUUCAAAUGGGUGACUGUGACAGGGUUCAGGCCUGGAAGUGUGGUUGUGGCAUAUGAAGUCCAGACGACGACACCAUCACCCGAAUUAAUGCAUAAAGCCAAUGAGCAAGUCAUACAGAAUCUCAACCAGACCUACAAAAUGGACUACAACUCCUUUCAAGCAGUCACUAGCAAUGAAACUAAGUUCUCUGUCAUACCACAAGUAAUAUUUGAAGGGGAUACAGUCACUCUAUCAUGUGAAAAUGAAGUUUUGUCCUCCAAUGUGUCUUGGCACCAUGUAGAGCGCCGCUUUGACAUCCAGAACAGCAGCAGAUUCUCAAUUUAUACCGUUGUGCUCAACAACAUGACCUCAGUAUCCAGCCUCACCAUUUACAACAUCACUCAAGGAGAUGCAGGUGAAUAUGUCUGCAAACUGAUAUUAGAUAUUUUUGAAUAUGAAUCCAGAAACCAAAUAAAUGUUAUGCCCAUCCGAAUUUUGGCAAAUGAAGAAAUGAAGGUGAUAUGCGACAACAAUCCUGUAUCUUUGAACUGCUGCACUGAGAAUAAUGCUAAUUGGAGCAAAGUAGAAUGGAAGCAGGAAGGAAAACUAAACGUUCCAGGAAACCCUGAAACAGACAUAGAUUCUGGCUGCAGCAGAUACACCCUCAAGGCUGAUGGAACCCAAGUCCCAAGCGAGUCGUCUGGAACAACAAUUGUCUACACGUGCGAGUUCAUCAGCGCUCACGGAGCCAGAGGCAGUAAGAACAUAAAAGUGACAUUCAUCUCUGUGGCCAACCUAACAAUAACCCCGGACCCAAUUUCUGUUUCUGAGGGACAAAACUUUUCUAUAAAAUGCAUCAGUGAUGUGAGUAACUAUGAUGAGGUGUAUUGGAACAGUUCUGCUGGAAUUAAAAUAUCUCAAAAAUUUUAUACCACGAGGAGGUAUCUUCAUGGAGCAGAGUCGAUACUGACAGUUGAGACCUCGACCAGGGAGUGGAAUGGAACCUAUCACUGCAUAUUUAGAUACAGCAAUUCGUACAGCAUUGCAACCAAAGACGUCACUGUUCACCCGCUGCCUCUAGAGUCAAAUAUCAUGGUCGAUCCUUUGGAAGCUAGUGUUUCAUGCAGCGGUUUCCAUCCCAUCCAAUGCUGCAUAGAGGAGGAUGAAGACUACAAAGUAACUUUCCACAUGAGUUCCUUGGUCUUUCUUGCUGCAAAAGAAGUUAAUAGAAAUCAAGUGUGCUACAAAUAUAAUGUCGAUGCAAACUCAGUUUCCUGGUGUUCCAGUACUAUUGAUGUGUUUUGUCACUUCACCAAUGCUGCUAAUAAUUCAGUCUGGAGCCAAUCUAUGAAGCUUAAUCUGGUUCCUGGGGAGAACAUCAUAUGCCAAGAUCCCAUACUUGGUGUCGGGGAGCCAGGGAAAGUCGUGCAGAAGCUGUGCCAGUUCUCAAACGUGCCCGGAAGCGCAGGCAGCCCUGUGGGCGGGACCAUCACUUACACGUGUGUAGGCUCCCAGUGGAAGGAGACGAGAAACAACUGCAUCUCUGCCCCCAUAAACAGUCUGCUGCUGCUGGCCAAGGCUUUGAUCCACAGCCCCUCUCAGGAAGAGAAGCUCCCUACGUACCUGAAGGAUCUUUCUGUUAGCACAGACCAGGUGAAACAUGAAAUCCCCUCAUCUCCUGGGAGCCUGGGAGCCGUUAUUAACAUCCUCGAUUUGCUCUCAACAGUUCCAAUCCACGUAAAUUCAGAAAUGAUGACGCACGUGCUCUCCACGAUUAACAUCAUCCUCGACGAGCCCGUCCUGAACACCUGGAAGAUUUUACAACAGCAACAGACCAACCAGAGUUCACAGCUACUGCAUUCAGUGGAACGGUUUUCCCAAGCACUACAGCUAGGAGAUAACUCGUCCCUGUCCUUCUCGCAAGAGAAUGUGCAGAUGAACAGCAUGACAAUCAAACCUAGCCACCCCAAAACCUAUGAACAGAGGUUCGUUUUCUCAGAGGCUGACCUCUGGGGCAAUGUGGUCAUUGACAAGUGCCAGCUGGGAAACUUGCAGCCAGAUUCAUCUAUCGUCACCGUGGCUUUCCCAACUCUCCAAGCCAUCCUUGCCCAGGAUAUUCACAAAAGGAAUUUUGCAAACAACUUAGUGAUGACAACCACUAUCAGCCACAACAUAACCAUGCCGUUCAGGAUUUCAAUGACUUUUAAGAACAUCAGCCCUUCACUUGGGGAAACAAAAUGUGUCUUCUGGAACUUCAGCCUCGCCAACCACACAGGGGCGUGGGACAGCAGUGGGUGCCAUGUUGAAGAAAGUAAUGAGGACAAUAUCACCUGUAUCUGUGACCACCUAACAUCAUUCUCCGUCCUCAUGUCCCCUGACUCCCCAGACCCUGGCUCUCUCCUGGGGAUACUACUGGAUAUUAUUUCUUACAUUGGGUUGGGCUUUUCCAUCCUGAGCUUGGCGGCCUGUUUAGUGGUGGAAUCUGUUGUGUGGAAAUCGGUGACCAAGAACCGGACUUCCUAUAUGCGCCACGUCUGCAUCGUGAACAUUGCUGCCUCCCUUCUGGUGGCCGACACCUGGUUCAUUGUGGUGGCUGCCAUCCAAGACAGUCACUACGUACUCUGCAGGACAGCCUGCGUGGCUGCCACCUUCUUCAUCCACUUCUUCUACCUCAGUGGCUUCUUCUGGAUGCUGACACUGGGCCUCAUGCUGUUCUAUCGCCUGGUUUUCAUUCUGCAUGAAGCGAGCAAGUCUACCCAGAAGGCCAUUGCCUUCUUUCUCGGCUACGGCUGCCCCCUCGCCAUCUCCAUCAUCACGGUGGGGGCCACCCAGCCACGGGACGUCUACACGAGGAAGGAUAUCUGUUGGCUCAACUGGGAGGACACCAAGGCUCUGCUGGCCUUCGUCAUUCCGGCGCUGAUCAUUGUGGUCGUGAACGUGACCAUCACGGUUGUGGUCAUCACCAAGAUCCUGAGGCCUUCCAUUGGAGACAAGCCAUGCAAGCAGGAGAAGAGCAGCCUUUUCCAGAUCGGCAAGAGCAUCGGGGUCCUCACACCACUCUUGGGGCUCACUUGGGGGUUUGGCCUUGCCACUGUGUUCCCAGGGAACAACCUGGUAUUCCACAUCAUAUUUGCCCUCCUCAAUGCCUUCCAGGGAUUAUUCAUUUUACUCUUUGGAUGCCUGUGGGAUCUAAAGGUGCAGGAAGCUUUGCUGAAUAAGUUUUCAUUGUCCAGAUGGUCUUCACAACACUCCAAGUCAACAUCCAUAGGUUCAUCCACGCCUGUGUUUUCUAUGAGUUCUCCAAUAUCAAGAAGAUUUAACAAUUUGUUUGGUAAAACAGGAACGUAUAAUGUUUCCACCCCAGAAACAACGAGCUCCUCCGUGGAAAAUUCAUCUAGUGCUUAUUCAUUGCUCAACUAAGAACAGGAAAAUCCAACCCAUGUGACCUCUUGGGAACCGUGGAUGUGCUUUAAAAAAGGAGAUCGCUCCAAAGCUGCCAGUAACAUGCUCUCUGCACAGGUUUCUGGGAACAGAUGCUGAAAAGACUUUUUCCUUAGAGAAGAGGCUUUCUUCUGUAAAGACAGACUAAAAGGAAUCGUUCUGUUUAUUUUUGUUGCCCUACCCCCACCCCUUAAUGUGAUACUAAAUGUGUAUAGUAUUUAAGUGAAAUGCAAACCCCCCAAGCCCAACUUCUCUGUCUAUAUUGUAAUAUAGAAUUUUGAAAAGACAUAUUUACUUUUCACAUGAUGGGCACAAUGAUAAGCUUUUAUUGCAAUAAUAAGUAAGAGGCUAGUACCUAGGAAAUACUACAGUGAAAUCUAAGAAGGAAGGAAGGAAGACAGGAAGGAAGGUAAGGAAGAGAGGAAGGGAGAGAGGG